CCUGUGUCUCCCUCUCUCUCCUGUCUCACCCUCCGGCUCUCGGACCUGUGACUCCAGCUGACUUGUCUCACAUGUGAAUCUCUCUCUCUCUCUCUCUCUCUCUCUCUCUCUCUCUCUCCCCUCUCUCUCUCUCCUCUCCCUCUCUCUCUCUCCCUCUCUCUCUCUCUGUGCGUCAUGUCCUCGCCGGGCCGCUCCUCCUCCAGCUGAAUGGGAUCUCUGCGCCUCGGUGGCUCGGUUCGGAACCGCCGGGCUCUGACUCCUCCAGGACCUGUGAGCUUUUAACUCUGCGACCGCCUCAUUUCACGGUUUGAUCCCGAGUCCUGCACAUUUGUUUCGGGGACCCGAUCCGCAGAGAAGAGACGACGCCAGAGGAACCUCCUGGAACCCGCGCGUCAGGGCCUUGGCCAUGGGGGGAUCCAAGAGUAAGCCCAAGGUUUCAGGCCAGCGGCCCCACAGCCUCGAUGGCAACCUCAACUGCGGAGGAGGCGCUGGUGGCCACCACUCCAACUCCAAUCAACCGUCCCUGGCACCCAACCGUGGCUCCGCGAUGGACGGAGGUCUCAGUGGCAAUCCGUCCACGGCCAAUAAUGCAGAGAUGGCCCUGUUCGGCGGAGUGGACAAUAACAGCGUCACGGCUCCGAACAGAAUCACACUGGCAGGAGGUGUGACGACCUUCGUGGCGUUGUACGACUACGAGUCUCGAACGGCCUCAGAUCUGUCGUUCAAGAAGGGCGAGCGUCUCCAGAUCGUCAACAACACGAGGAAGGUGAACUGCAGAGAAGGCGACUGGUGGCUGGCGCGCUCCCUGACCACUGGAGAGAGCGGUUACAUCCCCAGCAAUUACGUGGCUCCGUCCGACUCCAUCCAGGCAGAAGAUCACCUCAGACUCACUCUCGAGUCCAGGUGGUACUUUGGCAAAAUCACCCGCCGCGACUCGGAGCGCCUGCUGCUGAGUCUAGAGAACAGGAGAGGGACCUUCCUGGUGAGAGAGAGCGAGACCACCAAAGGGGCCUUCUGUCUGUCUGUGUUGGACUACGAUAACACCAAAGGGCUGAACGUGAAGCACUACAAGAUCCGGAAGCUGGACAGCGGCGGCUACUACAUCACGUCCCGCACGCAGUUCAGCAACCUGCAGCAGCUCGUCAACCACUACCGCAAGCACGCCGACGGGCUGUGUCACAGUCUGUCGGACAUCUGUCCCGUGCUGAAGCCUCAGACUCAGGGACUGGCCAAGGACGCCUGGGAGAUCCCCAGAGAUUCGCUCCAUCUCGACCUGAAGCUUGGACAGGGCUGCUUCGGAGAGGUGUGGAUGGGAACGUGGAACGGCACAACACGUGUGGCGAUCAAGACCUUGAAGACCGGCACCAUGUCCCCGGAGGCGUUCCUCAUGGAGGCUCAGGUCAUGAAGAAGCUGAGGCACGAGAAGCUGGUGCAGCUCUACGCGGUCGUGUCCGAGGAGCCCAUCUACAUCGUCACCGAGUACAUGGUGCAAGGCAGCUUACUGGAUUUCCUGAAGGGCGACAUGGGUAAGAUGCUCCGCCUCCCCCAGCUGGUGGACAUGGCCUCACAGAUCGCUUCGGGAAUGGCUUACGUGGAGAGGAUGAACUACGUGCACAGGGACCUCCGAGCUGCCAACAUCCUGGUGGGAGAUAACCUGGUUUGUAAAGUGGCCGACUUUGGUCUGGCUCGCCUCAUUGAAGACAAUGAAUACACCGCCAGGCAAGGCGCCAAGUUUCCCAUCAAGUGGACGGCCCCGGAGGCGGCUCUCUACGGCCGCUUCACCAUCAAAUCUGACGUCUGGUCAUUUGGCGUCCUGCUGACAGAACUGGCCACCAAAGGCCGAGUGCCCUACCCAGGGAUGGUGAACCGGGAGGUGCUGGACCAGGUGGAGCGUGGCUACCGCAUGCCGUGCCCGGCCGAGUGCCCCGAGUCCAUGCACGAGCUGAUGCUGACCUGCUGGAGGAAAGAGGCGGAGGAGAGGCCCACCUUCGAGUACCUGCAGGGCUUCCUGGAGGAUUACUUCACCUCCACGGAGCCUCAGUACCAGCCGGGGGAGAACCUGUAACCGGGGCCCAACACGGACGAGUGCAUGUGUCAUGCAUGUGCAAAACCGAGCAUGUGCAUCUGCUUUGGAGUGCAUGGACAAAUACUGUAUGUGUGAGUGUGUACGUGUGUGUGUGCAGAAGGCCGACAGACGUCAGGGAACAAUCUAUCAAACAAUCAGCAUCGUUCACUUCCUGCAUCGCCGCACGUCACCUAAAGGAGGGGCUGUUUUCAAAGGAAGGGACUAAACUGUGGUAUUAUUUAGAUUUUCUUAUACAGUGCAUUGUUUGUCAAUCAACUCUAUACAACCGAGCAGCUCUUUCUACCUUCUCCUGUGUGUGUGUGUGUGUGUAAGUUGAUGAUCACCUGAACCUGACUGAUCUUGUAGUUUCACCGGUUUCAACACUGGCGAAUGGCGGCGGCCACGAGAGACUGAGAGACGGGCCGAACUGACUUUGGAUGCAAGUGUCCUGCUGGAGGCUCCGCUACAGGAUUAUUUUAUGGGAUGAAUUAGAGCUGUCGUCUUCCAGUUUUGCCACUUUGGGAUGUUUGGGAUGUACAAUAGAUUUUCCAGGAUUAUUUUUUUGAUAAUGUUGUUGUUGGAGAUCCUUCGACUGCUGUGAGAUUGUGACCGAGGCGGACGCGCUUGAUUCCCGUCUAACUCGCCAAUCGGGUAAAUUCCUUCUGUCGCUGUGACCAACAAGCCAACGGCUCGACACAAAGAAGAGGCCGAGGCUGCGUCUCUAUUUUCUAAACGUGACUUUUGCUACUGAUCACAAAGAGUUUUGCUGCAAGGAUUUUUUUUUUUUGUGCCAAUGAGAAUCUCUUUUGUACUAAUUGUAUUUUACUACUCUGAACAUUUCUUGCAACGAAAAUUCCGGGACGUGUCUGCAGAAAGUCCACGGCACCGGCUGGCUCUCCAGCGUGGUUUCAUUUUGUUUUUUCUUCGAGGAUUGAAAUUAAAAACUUCUUUCACGCCUCCUUUUUCAUUUCUGACGUUUCUGAAUAUGAAGAUUUGCAGUCGUACACUGGAGAUACAUGUUGUUUAUGUUUCUGGUCAUAACUUCCUCCAGCCUGCAGGGACAAAACCACAUCUGACCAUAAACAGCAUGUAAAGCAAAUGAAUUGGCCUCUUGAAACUUAAAUGUAAAUAUCUUGUUUUUUUUGUGUAUAUAUAUCACCUUAUAAUUUAUUCCUUUGGAAAUAACCCAGAUUAUUUUAUCGUUCAUGGUACUUUUAUGGGUUGAAUAACAUCUGACGGUAAAGAUAUGAGAUGAAUAUAUUCUAGAAAAACUUCUACGUUACAGGUAUGUUUUUCUGUGCAUGUAUUUCUGUAAACUUAUCUGGGUUGUACAUUUUGAACAUGACCAUUUUCCACGAUUGCACCUUUCUUGAAGAAAAUCACUUUUCGUUUUUUUUUUGCCAGAAUCCCCGACCGUCUACCAGCACUAAUCUUUCCCACGAUGCAAUCUACUCCUCCGAUGUUUACACGCUGAUAAUCUUCAAAUCAUGUCGGCGCUGCUGCAGCGUUUCUGUCUGUGCACCUGAUCGAUGUGUGUGUGUGUGUGUGUGUGUGUGCGUGCGCUUCCAUGGGUCAAACGUUAUGAUUUUAUCAAGCACUUCUGCUGACGAUGAAAUAACUUCAGAGUACGUGACAAGUGGAAGGAGCUUGAUAUCUGUGUCGUGUGGUUGUGUGUGUGGGGGGUGCAGUGGAUGCAUUUAUUUGCAUGGGUGUGGUCAGGUUGUCUGGCGUCCUGCUCUUGCACGUAGGCUGCAGGUCAAAGGGUCACGUCGUGUGCGUGUGCAGCCGUGCUCACAAAGCCAAGGACAUUUUCCUGCCGGGGGUUCCGUGGGUCUUCUCUCUGGCUAUGCAUAUAUUUUUUUAAAAAUCUGUGAUAUUACUAUAUAAAUAUAUAUAAACUCUUUUCUACUGUAUUCUCUGGGAGCUUUCAGAUUAAAAGCUCCUCAGUAAAUCUUACCGAAUACUGUUGAAAUUUGAACGGCUGUUUGAAUAAAUUUGUAUAUUACCAGA